AGCUCGUACCCGCGCACUGAGACGCGCACACGGAGCGCGGACUCGCUGCGUGACGGGCGGCCGGAGACUCUUCCUCACCUUCAGCAUCCUCCUCCCCGGUGUGACCUCCUCCUCCUCCUCCUCCUCAUCAGCGUCAUCCUCCUCACCGCCACCGGCAGCUCUCCGUGGGCUCAAAAGUUGCGGAGAUCUCCGGUUAACGGAGCACCGGAGGGGCUCACACGGGGGACAUCACGGAAACGGAGCCGGUGGAUUUAUUCUGUCGCGAAUCGACCGGAUCACGGGACCUCCUUCCAACGGGUCCCCGGUACCGAAACCGAUCUCCGGUGGGAAAAAAGGUUUUUAACGGAUUCCCAACAAACUCCAUAACGGAUUCUUUGCUGGGAUGGAAUUGAUCUCUGAGGUGUUUUAACGGAUCAACGGACCGGGGACAUGCGCAGGUGUAACGCAGGUGCGGAAUGAAGAAGAAAUAACGGAUCCCACCCGAGCGGCCGCCGGUAGAACCGGGAGUAGAGGAAGUUACCGGAGGAGUGCACCGUUAAUGACCGGAUCUCUGAUGUCCUCAAGGGAAACGGAUCGAUUCAUUCGUUAAUUAUUAUUCUUUAACGGAUAAAAACGCAUCAUUGAGCCAUUUGAAGCUCGGUCGUUUAGAACCGGAGUGAAUCAUAUCUCCUCCAGGGUGACCCCCCCCCGUGCUGGCCGCAGAUUAUCCACUUCCCCCCCGGGAGGGACAGAGAGAAUUAUUCCCUUUUUAUGGAACAUCUUGAUUAAUGGAGAUUAAUCUCCUUUUUUUAUCUUCGUUCCAAAUUCACCUAAAAAUCCCACUUUCUUAAAAAUACAGAUCUUCAUUCUCUGAUUCUUAAUGUCAAUGUUUUAGUAACAAAAAGAAUCUGUUUUCAGGAAAAAAAGUCACAAUAUUCAUGUGAAUGAGAAUGUAGGACGAAGUAGUGAUUGGACGCGUGAGGACGGAUCCUGAGAUGUGAACCGUGAGGUCAGGAGACGCAACCGAGUCUCCGUGUGCAGCCUCGUCCUCCUCCACCUCCUCCUCCACCACCUCCUCCUCCACCUCCUCCUCCACCACAGGAAAUCCACACGUGCUGCACUGAUCUUUUAUUUUUUUAAUUUUCUCAGCUCAGAAACCGAAGCCGCCCAUCUUUCUGAAAUGUGACAGGCGCCGCGGCGUGGAUUUCCCGCCUCAGCGUCUAAGGACGUUUGGAGCGGUUCAGCAGGGGUCAAAGGUCAGUGAGAAGCGCCCCCCCCCGGGGAGCGCAUCGGCCCGCCCGAGACCACAGCGGGAUCGGACCCUGCGCAUGUUUCCCCCGCCGACCCCGGACCUGCGUCUGACCCGCUUCUUCGGCUGAAUGGGGCACAACGACAGCAGCCCGGGCGCCGUGCGCAACGGGCGCCGGCUGUCGGAGCCGUGGGGCGAGUCCGUGGGGGUCCGGCCUCGGACCACCGAGCGCCACGUCACGGUGCACAAGCGCCUGGUGCUGGGCUUCGCCCUCGCCGUCCUCACCCUCGUCGUGGUCACGGCGGUGGCCGUGGCCCUCAGCGUCCGCUUCGAGGACUGCGGCGGGCGGGACGGGGCGGCGGCGGGGGACCCGGCCUCGCGGGGGUCGUCGAGGUCGAACGGGAGCAGGGGGGAGAGGGCGGGGGAGAGGGGAGGGGAGGAGGAGGCGGCCCAGCCGUGGAGGAGCUCCAGGCUGCCGGGCUCCCUGAGGCCGCGGCACUACGACCUGCGGCUCGCCGUCCACAUGGACAACUUCACCUUCUCCGGCGAGGUCAGCGUGGAGCUGGAGUGCGUCAACGCCACGCGCUUCAUCGUGCUGCACGCCGACCGCCUCGAGGUGGACCGGGUGUCCGUCACAGCGGAGAGCGGCGCCGGCGGUCGCCCCGCCAACCGCCCCGGGGGCGGAGCCAUACGCGUCAACCGCCACUUCCACUACCCGGCCAAUCAGAUGUACGUGGUGGUCCUGCACCGCGAGCUGAAGCCCACCAGGGUCUACCGCCUCAACGUCAGCUUCGACGCCGCCAUCGAGGACGAGCUGCUGGGCUUCUUCCGGAGCUCCUACACCCAGGGGAGGGAGAGACGUUACCUGGCGGUGACCCAGUUCAGUCCCACCCACGCCCGGAAGGCCUUCCCCUGCUUCGACGAGCCCGUCUACAAGGCCACGUUCUCCCUCGCCCUGCGCCACGACGCGCAGUACACCUCGCUGGCCAACAUGCCCGUGGAGAGCUCCUCGCCGCCGGACGAGGACGGCUGGCGGACCAACCGCUUCGCCCGCACGCCGCGCAUGUCCACCUACUACCUGGCCUGGGCCGUGUGCAACUUCACCUACAGGGAGACGCAGAGCGACGCCGGCGUGACGAUCCGUCUGUACGCCCGGCCGGACGCCAUCGCCAGCGGAGCGGGGGACUACGCGCUGCACAUCACCAAGAGGCUGCUGGGCUUCUACCAGGACUACUUCAAGGUCCAGUACUCACUGCCCAAGCUAGACUUGUUGGCGGUGCCCAAACACCCCUACGCCGCCAUGGAGAACUGGGGGCUGAGCGUCUUCGUGGAGCAGAAGAUCCUCCUGGACGCCGAGGUGGCGUCGGCGUCCUAUCAGAUGGAGGUGACCAUGGUGGUCGUCCACGAGAUCUGCCACCAGUGGUUUGGUGAUCUGGUGACUCCGGUCUGGUGGGAGGACGUCUGGUUGAAAGAAGGAUUCGCUCAUUUCUUUGAGUACGUCGGCACCGACUUCCUCUUCCCAAAGUGGAACAUGGAGAAGCAACGCUUCCUGACGGAUGUCCUUCAUGAGGUGAUGCAAUUGGAUGGGCUUAACUCCUCCCACCCGAUUUCCCAGGAAGUAGAACAGGCGGCGGACAUCGACCGAGUCUUUGACUGGAUUGCCUACAAAAAAGGGGCGGCGUUGAUCCGGAUGCUGGCGAACGUGAUGGGACAGACGCUGUUCCAGAAAGGACUCAAUGAUUAUCUGCUGAGUCACAUGUACAGCAACGCGGCCAGAGACGACCUGUGGAGCAAACUGUCUCAGGCCAUGCGUUCGGAGGGGCAGGACAUCGACAUUGGGAAGAUGAUGGACAGGUGGACCCUGCAAAUGGGCUACCCCGUGGUCACCAUCAGCAAGAACCAAUCAGAGCAGCUCCCCACUCAUUACAUCACCGUGAGCCAGGAGCACUUCCUGUACGGGCCAGAGCUCAGGACCAACAACAGUUUGCAGUGGCAGAUUCCUCUCACGGUUGCCGUGGGAAACGCCUCCAGUGUGAGUGCAGAGAGCCUCAUCUGGAUCAACAACCACACAGUGACCCACAGGAUCGGACAGAUGGACGACGCCACCUGGUUGCUGGGCAACAUCAACCAGACGGGAUACUUCCGUGUGAACUAUGACCUCCAGAACUGGAAGCUUCUGAUUCAACAGCUCCACAACAACCCUAAAAUCAUCACCGUUGGAAACAGGGCGGGGCUUAUCGACGAUGCCUUCAACCUGGCCAGGGCGGGGUACCUCCCACAGGGCGUUCCCUUGCAGCUGAUUGGCUACCUGCCGGAGGAGCCGUCCUUUCUGCCGUGGCACUCCGCCAGCCGAGCGCUCUACCAGCUGGACAAGCUGCUGGACCGCACCGAGGAGUACAGCCUGUUCAGUGACUACGUGCUGAAGCAGGUCGCGUCUCGGUACCAUCAGAUGGGUUGGCCCACCAACAUGCCGGGCAGCGAGGGCAACGUGCUGCAGGCGUCCUACCAGACCGAGGAGCUGCAGAGGGAGCUAAUCAUGCUAGCGUGUAGCUUCGGCAACAAACAGUGCCACCGACAGGCCGUGGCCUACAUCUCUGACUGGAUCUCCAGCAACAAGAACAGGAUUCCCCCCAACAUCAGAGACAUAGUGUACUGCACCGGGGUCAGCCUGAUGGACGAGGACGUGUGGGAGUUCAUCUGGAUGAAGUUCCACUCCACGGACGCCGUGUCGGAGAAGAAGAUCCUGCUGGAGGCUCUGACCUGCUCCGACAACAGCUUCCUGCUCAGCAGGCUACUGAACCUGUCCCUGACCUCUGACCUGGUCCCGGAGCAGGACGUGAUCGACGUCAUCAUCCACGUGGGGCGGAACCCGCAGGGUCGGAACCUCGCCUGGAAGUACUUCAGGGAAAAGUGGGAGGUCCUCAACGCGCGCUACGGCGAGGCGCUGUUCAUGAACUCAAAGCUCAUCGGUGGAGUCACAGAGUUCCUAAACACGGACCGGGAGCUCAAUGAGUUGAAGGAGUUCAUCCAGUCCAGCGGCGUGGGGGCGGGGCCUGCGUUGCCGCGGGCGCUGGAGAUCGUCGAGGGCAACGUGCGAUGGCACCGCCUCCACCGGCGUCAGUUCUACCAGUGGCUCCGCAAACCUCUGAGCCCCAAACUGGGCUAGCUGACUGCUAGCUGACUGCUAGCUCGCUGCUAGCUGACUGCUAGCUGACUGCUAGCUGACUGCUAGCUGACUGCUAGCUCGCUGCUAGCUGGCUGCUAGCUGGCUGCUGGCCUUCAGAAGCAGUCUGUGAGCGAGGAGACGCGAGGACUUGACUGGUUUCUCUACUGUGUUUUCUUUUAAAGAUUAUAUUUAUUUCUUCAGCUAGCUAGCGGUCACUGGUUCAUUAACUGUUAGCUAGCGUCUUGCCUCAGAACGGCUAAGUGGCCCCCGAGCCAUUCACACAUUCACAUCAAGCCUCCUCUCCGAUGGGAGACCCAGAGCAGCUCGAGUCGGCGUUAAACGGCCGAUCAGCCAGCAGUCUGCACGUCGGCCAUCGAACGCGAACGUAAUUAACACAACCAGGACUCGCUGUCCUCUCAUCACGGCCCUCAGAGGACUCAUUAACCGCCUCAGCCUUGAAUCUGAAAAGCGGCGCAGCUUCCUUUCAGGAUCUACAACUCCAGCUGCUUUUUUUUAAACAUGAGAAGCUUUCCAAAAAAAAGCUGAUAAGGUUCCAACGCACAGAGAACGCACAGAGAAAGUAUAUAUAUAUAUAUAUACACUAUAUCAGCAAAUCUAUAACCAGUUCUCCUUGUACUACAAACCAUGAGCGUUAAAUAGGAAAAUCUAUCGGAGGUCAAAAUGAAAUUGCGUUUGUUUCAUUCAACACAAAAACCAGAAAGCUGUCAGACGAGGCUCAUUGUCCCCGAAAAGACAGCGAAGCUUUGAAGCGAUGAGGACUUUAGGGAUUGAACAGAUCCUCCUGACACACAACGGGGGGACAGGGGGGACGGAUGGACUCUUCAGUUUAACGGAUUCUACGAUGUCGGGUGUAACGGAGUGAUGGAGAGUUUUGAAUCAGACUCUCGGACGUAAUGAACUUCACCUAAAAAGCACCAGAAGAAUAAACCUAAAUAUUUGGAAACGUGACUUUAAAGAAUUUGGAAAAAAGAGGAUUUGAAAUGAAUAAAGUCUGGCGCUUUAAACGGACCUUUUUGAAUUGUUCCUCAUUGGUUAGAUGCGGUUUUGGUGUUAAUAAUUGAGCCAUAUAUGAAUUAAUGGACCUGCCUGCUUCUAUACCCUGUGUGUCCAGUGACGUGUGUGUGUGUGAUGAUGAAGAUGAUAAUGAUGAUGAUGACGGCGGUGGGUGGCAGCAGCAGUGGUGACGUUAAUGACUUCUCUGAUUCAACUUAAGAUAAUUACAAUUAUUCUGAUUAAGAUCGGGAUGAAGUCAGUGAAGCUAAUUGUUGAUGAUGUGAAAAUGCUGAUUAGCAUUAUUCUUUCUAUUAUGCUAAUUACCCGGUGCAUUUUGAACCGCUCUGUCCUGGCGAGGACGUUUUGUUCAGAUUUAAAGCACACAUGUAAAAUAAACCCUGUAAAGCAUCAGAAUAUGAUGUUAAAAGUUGAAAUGUGAUUUAAAGAUGUUGCCGGAGGUGAUGAUUCUGAUCAUAAUGAUGAUGUAGAUGAUGAAAUCUUCACGGGACCAAAACGUGACGUUGACAGGAAGUGGCGAGGAUGCGUUCGAUGCUACUUCGUGUUUGCGGGUCUGCUGUGUGUUUUGCGGUUGGGCGAUAUUAAAGUGGUUAACCUUG